UCUCUCUCUCCCCUUCAUCUCACCUCCAGCCACUCAGCGCUCCCUCUCCCUCUUCAGCAGCACCGCCCGCUCUCAUUCUCUUUCUACCUUUUUCUCUCUCUCGCUCCCUUUUUUUCCUAUCUCUCCUUCUCUCUUUGGCUCACAGAAGGUUCCCAGGCUCCUGGUCCGUCCUUUCUGUCCUUCUGCCCGUCCGCCUGACCGUCCGACGAUCCCACUGAAGCUCCAGCACCAACCGGGACCCAGACUCUCACAAAGCUGCCGAGAUGGCGAUGAACAGCAUUCUCAAAGCUGCCGAUAUCAAGAAAGCCCUAGACGCAUUCGCAGCGGCUGACUCGUUUGACCAUAAGAAGUUCUUUGAGAUGGUGGGUCUGAAGGCCAAGUCAGCUGAGGAUGUGAAGAAAGCCUUCCUGGUGCUGGAUGCUGACGCCAGCGGAUUCAUAGAGGAGGAGGAGCUCAAGUUCGUACUGAAGGGAUUUGCCUCAGACGGCAGGGACCUGACCGACAAAGAAACCAAAGCGUUCUUAAACGAAGCCGACAAGGACGGAGACGGCAUGAUCGGCAUCGACGAGUUCGUUGCCCUGGUGCACGAGUAAUAGACACAUCCCUAAACCGACUAGUGCUCCACCACCCGGCCCCGAUAUUCCCCCUCUCCCAGUCUGCAGCAUCCCCCCUCCACCUCAUCCCUCACUGACACCCAGCUCUCUCCCACUCUAGCGCACUACUACUACUACUACUACUACUACUGCACUGGAGGAAUGGGGUCGUGGCUCCCGCCCCCCACCCCGCUAACUACCCCUCUCCACCACUCCCACCCACAACCUAUUUAUUUUUUCCUUUUUAUACAAAACGUAUGUGUUUCUGUUUAUGUAUAGUUAUCAGACCGCCUGGAAGGCCAAUAACCUCAAGUUAAAAUAAUAAUGUAGAUAUUUCAAAAUGAGAGAAAGUCAUUUUACUUCACCCCCCUUUUACUCUGUCCCUCUUCCCCCACUCUUUAUCUUUAUCUGUCCCUUGUUUCUGUCUCUUUCUAUCUCUAUUUCAACUUUCUGGCACUGCUCCUUUCCUUUCCUCCCCUCUCUCCUUCGGUAAUGAGCUGUUGUAAAAACACACCAAAAGAUGAAGCUGUGAACGAACAAACUAAAAGAAAUAAAAAAAUGCAUCAAGAA